CUGCUCUCUCGACUGAAGCUAUCCAUCGAAUCUCGUGCUCGAGUUCUCAUAUGCUGCCACGAUACUUGUCGCUUCGCUCUCGCUUCUGAUCCGGCUCAAGUUAGCGAGCAUCUUCGGAGAAAACACAAAGUGACUGCUGCGGACCGCCGUCAAUUAACCCGUUUCUUGAGCGCCAGCACCCAAGAAUUACGGGAUCCAUCUGAAGCUCGUGUUCGAAAGGACGGCUUACCCUACGAUCCGGACUUGUGUCUCGUUCAUGGAUAUAUAUGCAGAUUCUGUACUGAGCGCACGGCGAGCUCCCAAGUGAUCUCUCGUCAU